AUGACUGAGGGAAUGCUAUCUAAGUCGACCCUCCUAUUGUUGAUAUACGAAAUUAUAAAAUUGAAUAAUGAAAUUUUACGGAAGAAUGAAUUUGAAUUAAGUAACGAUGUUUCUGAUGAUGAAAACGUUGUUAGGGAGUCAACAGAAAAAAGGUUACCCUAUGGAAUGGAGGAGAUAGAAGCAGAACAAGGAGCCUCCCCCCAGGAGCAGGAUAAUAUUAGCGGAGGGCCUCAUGACCGUCUGAAUGGAGAUGUUCUGGGAGAUGGCGACGCCUCCACGAACGCGCUUAAGCCAAGUGGCACAAGCAAGAACGGCCCAACGUACCCAUCGCAGAGUGUAAAGGAAAAAAAGAUAUCUAACAUUUUAUCGGGGAAAUUAAAAGGCAUGGGAAAAGACAUCGGUAGGAAGCUCAUCGAGAGAGUUCUCAUUUACAAAAACGACUUUAGUGAUCUUAAGGACAUUGCCAAACUAAUCGGGAGAGAUGUGUGGAUAAUUUUGUUUAAUAAAAAUGUCGAUAAAAUACAGACCUACAAAAAAGGGGUGUAUGUGCUUACCGACAACGAUAUAGGCUCUUACCUAAACCAUUUACUUCUUGACAACGACACGAACCAAAAGUCCAACUUUACUCACUACGUCCUUGUACUUAUACUUGGCAUUAUCAAAGGAAUUCUGAAUCGGUUCCGCAUGAAGGGUUCUGUUACCUACACAUUGGACUACCCCACUUGCUCCUUCCAAAUAAAUAUAAUUGAUGAUUAA